AUGGAGAAGUCAAGAUGGGGUGUGAAUUCUGAUAAGAUCAAUUACGUCCUCAAACCUAUCACCAGAGAGAAAACUAUUCGGAAUACUAAGUCUAGAAAAAGGCCCAAUAAGAUCACUUUUCAAGAAAAGAGAGUUGAUUCUUCCUCCUUCACUAGCAGUGUGAGGUCAACAAAAGAGAUUGGUAAAGGUUAUAAAUCAACUUACGACUGUAAGAAAUACCAACUCGUGCCGAUAAUAUCAGAGAUUAGGAAGAAUAGGAUCACUGAACUGAUAUCUGGCUUGAAGAGCAUGGCUGUAGAUAUCCAAGAGUUUAUUACAACAGAAGCUGAGAUCCUAAAAAGGCAUAAUACUGAUAUUUUAAAAUAACCCGAAUUUUAAAUCAAAAUUGACUAAAUUAUGAACUGCAUCGGAGGAAGUUAAAGAAGAUAUUGACUCAGUGCUUAGCUUUGCCUCACUAAGCUGUAGUAAAGAAGAUUUUGACGAGAGGCUAACCCAAUUCUUGGAGAUUACAGAUUCCACUAAGCUUAAAGCUUCGAAAAUUCUCUUCCAAGUAAUUCUUGUACUAGAGAUAUUGAUCAACAAAAUGGUAUCUAUUGAGAAAUUUAAGUGCAUGCAUCUGAUCUCUAAGCUUAGCCUUCAAGGAGAGGAUGUUAAUAUCUACCUUGAGAAGUACCAUGUCACCAACCAUUUCACUGGGAAGGGAACUUCCUUGUAUUUUGAGCUUCUGAACCAGCUGAUUGCACUCAAAUCAGUUCCUGUUGUUAAGGUAAAGAAAGAAGAAAUAAAAAAUCCAGCACUUCAUAUCUCUGGUUCAUUUAAAGAUUACAUUAGGCAACAAGUGGAUUGAAAAAUUACGAAAGAAUUCUCUGAUUAUAUAUGCUCGACCUUUAGUCAAACUCAGAAAGAUUUGAUGGCUAAUCAAGAUGAGCAGGCACAAACUCAUCAGGAAGAAAUAAAUAGUCUCACACAGAAGAAUAUGCAACUAGAAUCAAAGAUUAAGGACUUAACUUCCAAAAUUUUUAAGGUAGAUACUCAAAACUCCAGUCUUCAUCAAGAAAUUUCUCAACUUCAGAGUGAAAACCAAAAAGGCGUAUUUACCCUGAGCCAAUGUGACCAGAAAGAUGAUGAAAUUGAGAGACUCAAAUCUGAGCUGCAGGUCUGUAAAUUUACCAUAGACUCAUUAAAUGCCAAUAUUGCUGAUCUUGAACAGAAAACUUCUGAGGGUUACAAGACUAUUCAGAGCUUGAAUUCCAAAAUAGAGAGCCUUAGCCAGGAAAUCAUCCAAAAAGAUGAAGAAAUUGCUACUAUGAAAUUUAAAGCUGCUUCUGAUAAGGAACUUGAAAGGCUAAAAGUUAUGGUCAAUGAGCUCCGCAAGGAGAACGAUUCUCACAUCGAACAGAAUACAGAACUAAGGUCUUCAGUAAUCCAGAUCAACCAGAAGCUUUCUGAGAAGGAGAAAACCUUAUUUGAAAUGGUAUCUAGAUGUAAUAAAUCUGAAAAUAAGUUCAAGGAAUUUCUGAAGAAUAAUGAUCCCUCACAGAGCAUCAAUAAAUCAGACUAUGAUGCCUUAAAGGAUCAAUUACACCAGGAAUCUGCCAAAUGUAUGACAUUAGAGUCAGAGAUUGAAACCUAUAAGGAGAAUUUAAAAAGCUCUGAUAUGGUAAAGAACCUGCAGAAAGAUGAAAUAAAGUCUCUGAAGAACACUCUUAGAGAAUUCACCAGUUUCAAGUACGAUGAUCUUGAUGAUACCUAUGAAGCUGCUCUUAAAUCUGAAUUCGAUAGAAUGAAGGUAGCCUUUGAAGCUAGGAUCCGUAAACUACAGUCAGAACUUGAGUCACAAAGGAAAGAAAUGUCUAGUAAGAAUAUACAGAAUAAUAAGACUAUUCUUGACUUGAAAGAUACCGUACAGAGGCUUACCAAAAGAAUGACAAAGCUAAGGUAAAAUAUCUGAGAAUUUCAAUAUUUUGAAAAA